AUGCGGUGCUGGGCGCUGACAUGGCUCUCGACCGUGAUAUCGUUGAUAUCGAUAUGGCCAGGAGUCCUGGCGUAUAUCCCACUGUCCGAUGAAACCCUUCAACGUGGUCUCCCCCGACCGGAUACCAGCGAUUUUGAUAUACACACUGGGAAUCUCCUGGCGCCGAUCCUGAUACCUCGAGUGCCUGGUACCGAUGGUUCCAAAAAGGUCCUCCGACAUUUCGUCGAUUUCUUCCACACCUUCUUGCCGGAGUGGUCCUUGACUUUCCAAAAUUCGACCUCGAAGACUCCCACCCACGGAGACACCGAGGUGCCCUUUGUGAACCUGAUUGCCAGUCGAGACCCCCCGUGGUCGCAGUCCGGCGAUGUCGGUCGCUUGACCCUGGUAGCGCACUACGACUCAAAGUACCAGCCGGACGGAUUCAUUGGUGCAACGGAUUCCGCCGCACCAUGUGCCAUGAUCAUGCAUGCCAUCAGAUCCAUAGAUGCUGCUCUGGCGAAGAAGUGGGCGACGAUGCAAGAGCAAGGGUUCACGGAUCCUGACUUCGAGGAGCAAAAGGGGAUACAGGUGCUGUUUCUCGACGGCGAGGAGGCCUUUUUCAGCUGGUCAGAUACCGACAGUAUAUACGGAGCAAGAUCGCUAGCCGAAGAGUGGGAGCACACCAUGCACCCUGCCAUGAGUAUCUACAAAAGUUACCUCGAUUCUAUCGAGUUGUUUGUUCUCCUCGACCUUCUUGGCUCCCCAGAAGACCUUCCGAUCCCUUCCUGGCAGCAUACGUCCCAUUGGUCGUAUGUGAAAAUGGCCGAAGCCGAGCAACGACUGCGCAAACUGGGCCUGUUCAGAAGUAACCCAUCGCACACUUGGCUGCCGGAAAAGGACAAAAAGGAGACCGAUAGAUUCAACAGCUAUGUCAUGCAAGACGACCAUAUCCCUUUCAUUGCCAGAGGCGUGCAAGUUUUGCAUCUCAUCCCUGGCCGUUUUCCUUCCGUCUGGCAUACGAUGAGGGACGACGGCGAGCAUCUAGACAUUCCCACCGUCGAAGACUGGGCGCUUCUGACUGCCGUGUUUGCGGCCGAAUAUAUGGAACUGGAGGGAUUCUUCGAGGUCUCGGCGGCAGCGAACCCUGUCAAGAGACGUGACGGUCUUACAAGUAAGGAUGAAUUAUAG